AACGCGCUUUUUAGGUCUGCAUCAGAACGAAACUUUUCUGCUUAAAUGGAUGACUUCUGUUGUUAUAAGAAAUUCGCACAAAAUGCACCGAUCUCAGAUAAACAAGAUAGUUUGUUUCUUGGGCAGUGACAGUGCUUGAAUGCGUCGAAUGCAAACGUAGCAUGCGUGUCGAACGUUUCAUCGUCUGCUCGCAGACGCGCAUAGUGCUGUUCGUACACUUUCGCUAGCGCGAAAUCGACCGACGAAACGCUUCAUAUACGUUCCUACGUUCAAAGCUUGCUGCGUCAUGCAGAACAUUUAUCCCUACGAGCGGACCAGGACCCACUGCCCUGGCCUAUACUGCGGUCGAAUCAGAUUCGACAAUGGUUCCUACAGCGAUUGUGGGGCCUGUCCUCGUGGAUUCCGGGUUUCUCAUGAGAGCAAGCUGUGCUUGCCAUGUAGUGACUUGCCCCAGUUCUACGACUGGCUCUACUUGGGCUUCAUGGCGCUGCUGCUGCUGGUGGUCGAGUGGUACAUCAUUGACAAGACCAUGCGUCGCCGAAGCUUCACUCCCGAGGUGCUCGCACUCCACGCAUGCGCCCUGUUCGAGACGGUGCUGGCGGCGGUGGUGACGCUCCUCACAACGCCCCCCGUGGGUCAGGUGCUGCUCCACACGUGCCGAGUGCAGCGCCUCUCAGACUGGUACACCCUGCUGCACAACCCGACGCCGGGGUACAAGCACACCCUGCGCUGCACCCAGGAGGCCGUCUACCCGCUGUUUUCGAUGAUCUUUGUUUUCUACGGCCUCUGCCUGGCAUCCUUGCUGCUCCUGCGGCCCCUGCUAGUCUACAAGGUCUUCUCUGGUCAGGGAAAGAAGUCAGUCUUCCUGACCAUGUACGCCAUUCCUGCAUUGGGCCUCAUUCAUGCCACUAUGGGCGGGCUGCUGUAUUACGCAUUUCCAUACAUCGUGAUAAUUUUGUCCGUGGUGUCCAUGGCUUCUCACUUUGCAUUCAGGCUUGAUCAGUCCAUGUGUUCUCUGUUCUCACAAACUCUGAAGGAGUUGCGGAACCUGACAAUUCUCAUCGGCCAUUGGUUCCUCCACGCCUACGGAAUCAUCGCCAUUACCCAGUUGCGAGAUCCAGCAUUCCACUGGGCGCUCCUCGCCGUCGUCCCCUUCCCAUCAUUGUUCUACAUCCUGACAUCAAAGUUCACAGAUCCCAGCAAGCUACAUGUGGAGUGACAUGCAGUCCUAGCUUGUGCCAAAGAACAUGCGUAUGUUUUAGCGAGGGCUUUCGGCGUUUCUUUGUUUUUAUGGUACUUGGCACUUUCUCGGUUGCAUGGCCCAUAAGAUGUAGCCUGCUUUGGAUCUAGGCAGCAUUGCCUAUUGAUGAAAUAAUAAUGCCCAUAGACGUGCCCAAGAAGUUUGAGGUCCUAUUUCCUGGACUGUGCACCUACAACAAGGACAUCGUGUGGCAUGUUUCUGUUGUCGCUGGCGACAGUAACGGCGAGCCUUGGGACUGUAAUAAGGUUUAUGUUCAGUGUGUAUUGCCUACAGUGCAAGGACACUGUGGCCCAUUUGUAACUGUCAACCGGUGCGUGUUACAUGCAGUUACACUUCAAUCAAUUUCUAUUAGUGUCAUUGGUCUUUCCCUGUGUUUUGUACUUGGGAUGUACCAUCCUCUGAAAGUGCUCUACAGGCAGCCUAAACAGGUCGUACCACUUUUCUAAAAUGUAAUAUUCGUGGUGAGCAGGCGAUUGCUCAUGGAGAGAAUGAAUGCUGUAAAUAUGCGAUUUGCUUGAUUUUCGUGGCAUGUAAAUAUAUGUAAUAAACUGUCUCAGCGCUCGAA